CCACUUUGUCAUGCUCGGCGCUGAGAUCAUCACUGUGCGUCUGCUCUUUAGAGACCCCCCUCUCCCGGUCCAUUCUGUUAUGUUUACCGUUUAAUUCACUGACCUGAACCUUUUGUGUUGUCCACUUGCGAGCUGUUGAAUCAGUAUUUCGUAUGCACUGUGAAUAGACUCCGAAGUUAACGCUCAUUUCUUUCAACAUGGAGUCCGGAGAGGCCAACGAGGAUAAGACAGGCUCUCUGUCGGCGGCGCAGAGGAGAGCAGAGAUCCGGAGGAGAAAACUGCUCAUGAAUUCAGAGGACAGGAUGAACAGGAUCGUGGGCUUCGCUAAAAACGAGUCUGAAAACAACGGAGCAUCUCGGCGUCCCACUGAACCCCGCUUCCACCUCGACCUCGACAGGACAGAACCGUGGUCAUCAACCUCAUCUUCGCCGAGACCAUCACCUUUCCUGCCAGAGGCUUCAGUGCUCGGCAGCCGCUCCCGCAGCGCCACCCCAGAGAGAAGGGGUUCUCCUCUGCCAGACUGCAGCGAGCUGCCCGGAGGCUCCCUGGACGAUGACAUCGGAGGGGUCUGGCCAAGACCCAGGGGGGAGCGGGUGUCAGACGACCUCAGCGGGUCCCCACGCCGGGGUCUUCAGAAGUACCUGUCCCGUUUUGACGACGCCAUGAAGCUGCGGGGUCAGCUGGCCAAUGAGAAGCCGCCCCAGGACGGAGGGUCUGACUCUGAGGAGUUUGAUCCCUUCAGAAUCUUCAGGCUCAUCGGCAGCAUCCUCCUCGCUGUUUUUGUCAGGGUUUUUGUCUGCAAGUAUCUGUCAAUAUUUGCUCCAUUUCUGACCCUUGAACUGGCCUACAUGGGGUUGUCCAAAUACUUUCCAAAGGUGGAGAAGAAGACCAAGACCACUGUGCUAACCGCUGCCCUGCUGCUGUCUGGAAUCCCAGCCGAGGUCAUCAACCGCUCCAUGGACACCUACAGGAGGAUGGGCGACGUCUUCUCUGACCUCUGCGUCUACUUCUUCACCUUCAUCCUCUCACACGAGAUCCUGCUGUUCAUCGGCUCAGAGACUCCCUGAUGGACCAGGAGGACCUCAGUAACCCAGACCUCCUCCUUGUUGACCCCUCCCUCUGUCUCCCAUUAACAACAAAGCAUGCUCAUUUUACACCCUCUUGACAUGGGUUUGCAGUUGACAGUCUGGAAACGAACCCCUGCUGUCUUAUGAUCAGGGUCGCGCGUCAGCUGGACGAGUGCUCAUCACUACUGCGCUUCAGGAUUCCACUAAGGCUAAGCUACAUGUAACCAGAGAGUCCAGUGUCCAGUGCUCAGAAACGGAACAACAGUUUGUGUUUGUGUGAAGACUGUACAGCCAUUAACAAUGCUGGAUGUCAGGUUAAGUGUAGAAAAUGGUAAAUGUUUUGCUGAAAAGUACAGUUCAUCAUCAGUCUGACACAGAUUCCAUUUAACUCAUGAAUGGGAAACACUGGAGUCCCUCAAGGGCUGGGCAAUAUUUCCAAAACUCAUUUAUCAUUAAUUUGAAAAAUCUAUUGUUGAUUCACAUCAUGAUAUACAUCAUAAAAAGUCUUCAUAUGUGGAAAACAAAAUAAUAAAAAAGUAACUUAACACUAGGCUGAAAGGUAGCGAUUUGCUGCCCUCUCUGGGAGGAUUUGGCAGGAUUUUGUAAAAAGAUAACACAGGAUGGGCAAAUUCCCAUGAUGCAAUCCCACUGAAAUGUCAUCAGUAAUACUGAAUUAUUGCCCAGCCCUGAGUCCAUCUAUUGCUUAAUAAACUCCAAUGGCAAGAUAAGGUGUCAUGUUCUCAGCUAACACAAACCAGACUCCUCAGUAGGCGUCUGAUCCUGCUGUAAAACCAAAUCUGCUCUGGAGGCAGCUCAUCUCCCAACCACUAUACAACACUAUGUAUGAAUGCCUUCUUGUCAGCCCUGCAGGGGGAUUAGGCAGGCUUAGGGUCAGUGCAUUUUCAAUUCAUGCCAUUCAAAAUCUGAAUCCAAACUUCACAGACAGCUGAUAGACCUUUUUAUGGUAAAGCUUUUGACAUAAUCUAGUUCCUGAACAGACUGAAAUGCAAAUGAAUUGAUAAACUUUGGAGUGAGGAGAUUUGUUGAGGUUCUUGAUCCGUUAUGAUUGACAGUCGACGACUGAACUAAGCAGAGGGCUUAACACGGAGUAUCAUAAGAACUGACAGAAGCAGGUGGUUUACUUUUCCCUCAUGCAGAAUAUCAUCACCCCUGCUGAUUUGUUGUGAUGUCUGUGCCUCAUGCCGUAGAGGACCUUGAGGCUUUGCAGCUGUAUCACAAAUAGUAACCACCAACCGUGGCGGUCCAACAAAGGACCUCCUCUAUUUAAAAACGCUUAAUUACAUAGGAACUAUGUAAUUGAAAAUAUGUGCUCUGAGAUUACUUUCAAGAUUCAGAAAAUUUGAUUUCUGACUUUAUUCUCAGGAUUUUGAUUUAACACUCAGAAUUAUUUUGUCCUUUUUUGUUUAAUCUCAGAGAUCUGACUUUUUUUUCCACAUAUGGCCCUCUUCCUUACUGUAUGUACAUCAGCUAGCAAGAAGAGUAGAGCCACAGCUUCACAAGGAUCUCCAGCAUGGCUGCACGGUCACCUUAGAGCUUUCUGUGGGGAGUUCAGGAGGAAAACACAGCCCUGAAGUCAGCUACAUUUAAACACACUAAUGAUAGAGAAACAGCUGCGUGAGCCGAUAUCUUGAUCAUAAUGUCUUGUACUGAGCUAGAGGGUAGAACAGAAGGCUAGAGGGGACAAAAAUACCAUGGAUAAAUUAAAUAAAUGAGUAUGAAUGGAUUGAGAACAAAACUCAAAGCUUGUUAUUCUGAGGUCACAAAACAUGAGAAACAGUUAAACACAUGGGCCUCCAGCCUUAGACAAUUUGAGUUUUUAGGAACAUUAGAAAACAAUUUUUGUAGCUUUGUCAUAGGAGAUGCUGAAUUCUUCAUCCACUAAAAGACCGAAAAACUGAACUUGGUUUCGACAGAGCAGCAGGUCCUGAUGAUUUUAAUGGGUGUCUUAACUUGAACUCUGCUUUAAUUGGUGGAUAUGAAUCAUCUGUAUUUGUGUUGUGACAGAUCUCUUCAUAGGCAAGUGCUUUUAAGUUAUGUUUUCUGUUGCGAUCUGUCACCCAGUGUUCAGAAGGGUCCACCUACAUUAUAAACAAGUUUCCUCCUUUGUUUAAGUUGUGAAGGCAGAGGAAGUAUUUAGUCCUUGAAUGUGGAGUGUAUUGUUUUGCACGGCCGUGAGCUUAAAAACGCAGUAAACUUCUUACAGUAUAUGUACGCAACGAAAGGUGUGAUUGAUGGGAAUGUUUUGGGUUUUUACUGGAAAGUACUGUCACUGCGAGGCAGUGGGAGUUUGUACGCUUAUUCGUGUCAAGUAAUUCUGGUGACGUGUCCUGCUUUGCUUUCUUCAAGCCUCAUUGAUACAUACUUUAUAUACAGUAUACUCUCUACUUCUGUGCUGUUAAAUGUCCUCAUUGCAUACUUUUAAUUUCAUCCAAAUUAAUUUAUUAAUGUGAAUAUUUUUUUCAUGUAAAUGAAUUGGUGUGAUUUAUCUUACGACUUGUCUGACCUACUUGAUUGUUUUUGAUAAUGUUUACAGAAUAACUGUUUUUAAUGGCUCUUACAGUACAUAUUUGAACUUAAGGAACAAAUUUAGUGUUGACAUGAUGUAAACAGUUUCUGCCUAUAAACAUAAACAGGAAAGAAUAACCAGACAGUUCAUACCAAAUAAAUACUACUUGUGUGGCAAACUGUUUAGACUUUCUUGAUUUGUUUAUUUGGUUAUGUAACAGGGAACUUGAAUAAACAUUGCUGAAAACCUA